AUGCCUGGAAGAUUUUCUACUUCACCAGCUUAUAAUUCCUCUCACCAAACUCCCAUCAAUAACAACCACACAACCCGACAAGAAAAUGUCGAUUCAAUAGGUUCCUUCCACAUAGUCACCCCCGUAGAAAAAUCACAAAAUCAAUUGGAAGGAAAGGAUUGGGAGAUGGCACCAACACCUCCUCAACUCGAUCAGGAACAACCAAAAUCACCAAUGUCAAGUCCUGGACUUUCAUUGCUAUUGAGUCACAGUGCAAAACGAAAUGCAACAUCACCUCACAUGCCAAGAUAUAGGCAUGUCAUUCCAGAUCAAAAUACAAAUGGAGUCCAAUUAUUUUCUCCUUCCAAAUCACCAAAAUCUAAAUUAGUGUUCAGAGAUUCCAAUAAUUUUGUGGAAAAUAUGGAAGAAACUGAAUCCUAUGAUCCACUUUCAAAAAUUGAAAAACUAAGGAGAAGAUUAUCACUUUUAAAAUCUCAAAUCAAACACUCCACUCAAUUGAUUUCUGAAGGAAAUAACUUAUUGACAUCACCAAAUAAGAAUAGGUCAGUAACUCCAAAAAAACAGACAACUCCAUCAAAGUCCUCAUCAAUUAACGUAUCCCAGCAAAAUCAAGAUGAUGACAUCUUCUUACUCGGAAAAGAAUCAUUUUCAACACCCUCAAAAAACCACAAAACCAUAUCCAAUCCACAAGACGAUUCAAUUCGUGACAAUGUUCCAUCAACUCCAUCUCGCAAGUUGUCAGCACUAACUCUUUCCACAGGUAAAAAAUCUCCAUCAUCCUUAAAGUUAUUAACUCCUCCAACAAGUGUGAGCAAACCCAAGUCACCCUCUUCUACAAAAAAGAGAAAAAUUAAUGAGAUGGCUACCAAUAACUCAACACCUAAAACACCCUCCAAUAAGACUUUACAAAAUCUUAUUACCACUCCUAAAUCUUCCCAUACUAAGAAAGCAACAUGCACUACUACUCCCCACUCCAAGAAGAAAUCUCCUCAAGUUAUUUCUACUAAAUUUAAUAGUGAUGAAAUUUUCACACCAAUCUCAAAGAAAUUGAAAAAGACAACAGACCUUGAAGAAUCGUUUAAUCUGGAUCUUUUCAAAACUCCAACACCAGUCAAACCAAAAAAUCCACACUCUAUCAAAAUUAAUGCCAUUCUAAGAAGAAGUCUUACUCAAGAAGAAGGAGAAACAAUAAGUAGGAAUAUCUUUGAAGAGGAAGACGAUGAUUUUGUCUUUAGAGAACGUAAAAAAACUUGUCAGAUAAAAUAG